AUGAAGUUUCUCCUUGUGCUCAUUCUCGUCUACGGCAUCUACGUAAUGGGCCAGGGCGGCCAUUGGAGAAGCUGCAAGCUAAUUUUGGGAAUCAACUGCACCGGCCACGUGCGCAGCUGCGCCACGUUGCUGCCGCAUCGUGAGUGGCAGAAAGCGAGUAAAUGGAUGAUAGCCGAUGGUUCGGACUGGGAUGACUUUAUCAAAAUGGUCGCGGAGCACGCCCAAGAAAAAAAUAUUCUUCUCGAAGGAGUGCCCGAGUGGAAACCGAUCAUGGACAAGUGCGACGGCGACGAGUUUCCCAAGCAGAGACCAUCAACACUCUGUUGUUUUUUCGUGAGCCGU